CGGGUCCUCCUCCGCUACUAUGAGAUGAGCUACACAAUGGUAACCUGAGCGGAGACCACAAACAUGAAAAUACCCAAAAGAAAACUCUUUCUCUUUAUUAUUUUUGCAUAUGUGGCUUUUUCACUCUACGCCGCAUAUAAUGUAUUUUUCAGCAACAAAGUAAUCUCCCGCGUCCACAGGGUUGUGAAGAAGGAGAGCGGGCUACCACCGGGAAGUGUCAAAGAUGGCGCGGCUCCGUUUCUGGCAGAUGACUGGAAUCCGUGGGAGGAUGAAGAGGUUGAGUACAAUUCUGCCCUGAACAGAAGGAGAGAGGCCUUCAAACAGCACAUGAGUAAAAUUGACAAAAAUACACCCAAAAGAUACAAGGUCCAAAUCUGGGGGAAGGCUGCCAUAGGUCUUUAUCUUUGGGAACAUAUUCUGGAAGGACCUCUCAACCCAACUGACAAAGUAGCACAAUGGAGAGAAGGAGAGCUGCAGUCAGGAAAGAUUGAUUUUAGCUUCUACACUGGUCCUGCUGUGGUCCAGGGUCAUGUUCCUCUGGAAAUGAACAGCCUGGUUCUGGUUCUCAAUGGCCGUGAGCAGCAGAAGGUCACUUACUCCACACGGUGGCUGGAGCAUGUCCAAGCUCUGGUCCAGUCCCACACAGUGUCUCAUGUGGCUGUGGUCCUGCUGGGUAAUGAGCAAUGCAACAAUGACUGGAUCGCCCCACAUUUAAAGAGAAAUGGUGGAUUUGUAGACUUACUGUUCCUGGUAUACGACAGCCCAUGGGUCAACGACAAGGAUGUCUACCAGUGGCCUCUUGGUGUUGCCACAUACAGGCAGUUCCCUAUGAUCAGGCCUAAUACACAGCUGAUAACUUCCAACCGACCAUACCUCUGCAACUUUUUGGGGACUGUUUACAAAAAUUCCUCCAGAGAAAUACUGAUGCAGGUGCUGAAACAAUCUGGCUUAGAUAAGGAAUGCAUCACCACUGCCAGGGAUAAGUGGCUCCCUCAGGAAACAGCUGACAGUUUGAAGCGUUACCAGACAGCUCUGGCCCAGAGCGAGCUCACUCUCUGCCCAGUCGGCAUCAACACAGAGUGCUACCGUAUCUACGAGGCUUGCUCCUACGGCUCAGUGCCCGUGGUGGAGGAUGUACUAACACCUGGGAACUGUGCAGCAGGGCCCAGCUCCCCGCUACGACUCCUAAAAGCUGCAGGAGCACCCUUCAUUUUUGUCAGCGACUGGAAAGAACUACCAGUCAUCCUGGAGAGGGAAAGAAAGAUGACCCAGGAGCAGAGGGUGGACAGGAGGAGAAGGCUGUUGGAAUGGUACUCCAGCUUCCGUCAGCAGAUGAAGGAGAGGUUCACUGAGGUCAUUGAGGAGAAUUUCUUCAAAAGCGUCUGAAUGCUACUUUUAAAUAUCAACAGGGUUAACACUGAUUUUAAUUUAUUUUGUGUUUUUUGUGGAAAAUGUGGUACACUACUGGCAUUGUGAAACUGGUAAUGUUCGGUGAUAUACUUUUUGGUCCAGAUUAUUAUAAAACCAUGUAUGCAGCUGUCAAGUUGUAAAGCUGCGAUUGAAAUUCUUAUAAUGGUAUAAUGUAUAGGCGUUUAGAGAAAACGUAAGCUACCUUUGUAUUUUAAAGUCUGACUUUAAAAGUGUUUUUUUUUUCAUGUAUACUUAUAUCCAUUUAAAACUGUGAUUUUAAGAAAACACUAAACAGGAAUAGAAUGAAAUGAUGGGGUUCCUGGCUUUGUUUGACAGCAGUACAUAAUUUGUAUUGUGAGCAGCUUGUUGAUGGUAUAUGUCCUUUUUUGAUCAGAACUGGACUUUAUAUGUAUGUAUAUAUACACACAAUGUGUGCGUAUACAUUUUUUUUCUAUUUAUUUCAGUGCUGUCCCGCAUGCAUUGUUUUCUUUUUCUUUUUACGUUUGUUUUUUUGCUUGUUUUUUUACAGUGCAAUAAAGUCCAAUGGAUUGAUCUGGAAGAGAA